UCGAGAGCGGAACAAGAACGAGCCGUGUUCGGAGACGGAGAAAUGAGCAGGCAGCAGUCGGUGCCCUACAACAUGCACGAAACGGCGUCGACGGAGCGACUAUUGGCCGAGGCGUACCAAAACAGAAGGACAGUUGGCGGCGGCGGUGCUGGCCCGUCAUCGUCGUCGCGAGGCGGACUAAUGACCGCCGUCGGCAACGGCGGCCCGGAAGACAAGCACAAGCGACAGGCCAGGUCCCAGCGGGCCCAUUCCAAAAAGGACAGGGGCGAGCGACGGAGGAACAGGAGUCAUAGUCGUGGACGGCUGGUGGAGGAUAAUGCUAUUGGUGGCGGCGGAGGAGGAGGAGGAGCUGGUGGCGGUGGUGCAAGUGGCGGAGGUGUUGGUGCGAGUUUGCUGCGGGAGAGUGAUUCGAGUCAACCACUGCUGGGAACUGCGAGUUGCGAGGGAUUCGAUAUACCGGGAGGAGAACCAGGUGGCAGCAGCAGCGACUCGCCAGCAGACUGGAAAUCCUCUGCCAAGUCCACCCCGAAGCGCAAAGAUUACUCUGAAGUCGUGGCCAAACCCAUUCUGACCCACAACACCAAUAACGUCAAUAACGUCAACAACAACAACAAUAGCAGCAGCAAACAACCCAGCAACUUGUCGGCAGUGGCCCUGGACCCGGCCAACUUGCCCCGAUCAAACGUCGUCUCCACUGGUGCUGUACGAUUCACAACCACUUCACCACCACCACCACCUUUGCUCAGUGGCACCAACAACACCACCACCACCCCCAACAACUCCACUGACUGCUACGUGCUCACUUCUACUGGCAGGGCGAAAGUGCCGCUCAAGGAAAAUGAGAUCAGUGUUUGAGACACAGAGAAUGACACCUGGCGAGAGACACGAGCACAAGUUGUUCGACUAGGAACGGGGAAUGGACGAGAGGUGUCGCUUCUUGUCUCUGCUGGCUGGUUUCUUUCAGUUUUCUGCUAUAUAACGAAGAAGAGGGAAGAACAUAGUUGCUCACUUUGUGUUGCCAACGACAACAGGGAAGUUGUUUUUGUUUCUGCCUGAAAGAGAAUCUUUUUAGCAAAAAAAGAGAAGUAAAUGUGGACGUUUAACGUGGAGCAUAACAAUCAUCUGCACAUUUCCACGUGGGUUCUUCCUCUUGUUUUUCUCGCGGAUUUUUAAAAGAAGGGCAGAUAACUUUUUUUGAGUUGGAAUUGAAUGAAUGCGUAGACUCUUGAGUCUUCCUUGUGUGCUGCUCAAUCCAAAGAUUGCGUGCAAAAAACUGAGCUACAAACAAAGAUAAAGGCUUGCCAACGGGAAUCGUGCAGCUGGUUGCUUGUUCCUCCUCAGUGUGGUUGUUGAAGAAGAAGAAAGAAAAAUGGGGAAUGAAAAAAAAAAUGACACAGGCAAAGAUGUCGCUCAAAAGAGUUGCUAUUUUUUUGUUGCUUUUACCCUUGGAUUCUUGGACAGGAAGAUCGUGGUUCGCAAAUUUUUGACAGGUUCAGGUGUGUUGCAAAAAAAAAGAGGGCGAAGUGUUGCCAUCCGGGUAGUGAAUAUCUACUCCAGACAAGAAAGAAAAAAAUCUAGUUAUAUAGUUUAUUCAUAGCCAACAAAGAGAGUCUUCCUGCAGAAACUGAUGAAAAGCUCCCUUUUUUUGCCACAGCCACAAACUGAUCUUGAAUCCAAGGGGGUUGGGGGGGAUUAUCAAAAACAAAAUUUGAAGAAAGAGAAAAAAAAGGAAGGCAGAUGAGGUGAGGAGGAAGAGAGUAUUGCCAGGAUCUUGUGUUGCUAAAGGUUUAUGUGUUGCAAAGAUGCGAGUGUGUGUAUGUGUGGAAAGACGAAAAAUAAGACAACAAAUUUGGCAGCUCCACUGUGAGCCACUAUAGAUCUGAGUUUGAAGGGAACUUGAGUUACCUGGUUGCCAGUAUUUUUCAAUGUGCAAGUGUUUUGCCACUUGCAAAUUGUGUGUAAACUGUAGGGCAUUUGUUUGUUCAAGGGUCUGUGUUUUGCUCUUCUGUCUCUUGUUUUGAUGGGGAGGAAAGAGGAAAGGAAUCUAUCUCAAAAGACAUGCUUUUUUUUUUUUGCUCCUCCCGAAGAUUGUUCAUCAUGGUUGUUUUUCUUUGUUGUCUCAGGCAGAUGUUGUGGGAGGGGGUGGAAACAGAGCUGGAAUUGUGGUUUUUUUUUUUUUUAGUUGCAGGAAGGGGAUUUUUGAAUGCAUUUGCUGUUGAGGGUGUGCCCACCAGCAUUCAGGAGG